AGUAGCUUUGGCACAUGUUGCGGUUUUCGUUGAAUGUUUAAAUUCGUCUUUAACUCUUAUUGCUUGUUUCUUCUUUUGUACGGCUUUUUUUUUUUGUCCUGUGUUGGGUUCAACGAUAUGUCGCUUAUGGCGCCCGUGAUAGUCCAAGCAACCGCCAAACAUACGGCUUCGUUGAUAUUUCUUCAUGGGCUUGGAGACACUGGACAUGGCUGGAGUGCUGGUUUUGAGGAGAUAAGAGCACCUCAUGUGAAAUACAUUUGCCCCAAUGCACCUGUCAAUCCUGUGACAUUGAAUGGAGGGUUUAGAAUGCCUUCAUGGUUUGAUAUUAAGUCAUUAAGUCCCUCUGGAAGUGAAGACGAUGUAGGAAUCAAAACUGCUGCUGAAGGAAUCAAAAAAAUUAUUGAUGAGGAGAUCAAAAGUGGGAUACCAUCAGAUCGAAUUGUUUUAGGUGGUUUUUCACAAGGUGGUGCUCUUGCACUAUAUACAGCCCUUACCAUGGAGAAACCUUUAGCUGGUAUCUUGGCCCUAAGCUCAUGGCUGCCUCUUCAUAAGACCUUUCCAGAGGCUCUUAAAGGAAAUAAAGACACUUCAAUACUUCAGUGUCAUGGAACGGCUGACCCAGUUGUAGCAUUUUCUUUUGGAGAGUUGACCAAUCAAGCUUUGCAUAAACUUUGUUCAAAACACGAGUUUAAAGCAUACUCUGGAUUAUCUCACAAUUCAAGUCCACAGGAAAUGAAAGAUGUAAGACACUGGAUUUCUAAAGUCUUACCUUAGAAAAUUAACUAAUUUAGAUUGAUGCUUUCCUCUUUAUUUUACAACUUGCAUGUAGAUAUACAAUUUAUGUACAUGUAUGCCUGUACACACACACACACACACACACACACACACACACACACACAUAUAUGAAUACAAUUUAUUCAUAUAUGUAUGUAUGUUUAUGAAAUUAUGAAAUUUCUCUUCCUCAGGAUGAUUAGUAUGAUCUGAAAUUAAGCACCACCAGGCAAACUUCGCCUUUUUUUUUUUUUUUAUGAGUGACACAUUGUUCCAGCUCUUAUAAAAGUGCUUAUUAUUUUGGGCUUCACUUGAAUGUGAAAUUUUACAUAACCUGCCUGUGAUAAAAGCAGGUAGUUAUUAAAUGUCCUUCACUGAUCCUGGGGUGCACUGAUUGGGGUGAUCAGUUCCAUUUGAAAAUGACUUCAGGUUUGUUUUUAAACUGUAAAGUACAUGUUUAUUUGAGGAGUGUUUGGAUCACUUUGUAUUUACAUUGCUAGUCGUAACUAUGUUCUAUAUGAGUUUCUUCUUAACAUUGAAUCUUUGCUUGCCUUUGCCCCCUUUCCUGCCAAAUCAAAAUAAAUUAAUGUAGUAUUUUCCUCUGUUUCUUUAAAGAGCUGCCUUUGUUUUCUUUCCCUGCAAUGUAUACAGGGAACACCAUUACUUGCUUCUCUGAAAGGCAAACAAGGUACUCAUAUCUUGUCUUUCCCCAAAUAUUUGCCCAGCCAUGUGCUGUGGAUGAAGCCUAUGAGGAAUUUUAUUCUUUUUGUAGUAAGCUUUAAUUGUAAAUUGUAGAAAAUAAAACAUUGUAAGUAGAGGUGAUACCUUUUUUGAAGUAAGAAUGAGAACACAAUUACAGUACUAAGGAAAACUUUCUUCAAAUUAUCUCAUUAGCUAGGAUCGGUGAUAUGUAAUAAAUAAAGUGUUGUUCCCUUCAAUAACUGCUGCAUA